AUGAUCCUCGGUUCUUUCUGUCAGCUAGAUGUGUGUGGCCAAGCACCCCUUAACACAAAAUUUAUUGGAGGGAAAGAUGCGAAUGCAGGGUCUUGGCCCUGGCAAGUAAGCAUUAACGAAAUCAGCUAUCAAAACCAUUUCUGUGGUGGGAGUCUCAUCAAUAAAGACUGGGUUUUGUCUGCAGCUCAUUGUUUCCAAAGCAUCGGCAUGUCAGACAUUGUGAGCUACUUGGGACGUCAAAACCAGCAAGACCCAAACCCGCAUGAGAUAAACAGAACAGUGAUUCAACUCAUCAUUCAUCCUAACUAUGACCCAGAUACUAAAGAAAACGACAUAGCACUGCUUCAGCUCUCAUCUUCUGUGAAUUUCACCGAUUAUAUUCAACCAGUCUGUCUGGCUGCUGCUGGUAGUGUAUUCAAUGAAGGACUUUCAAGUUGGGUGACAGGAUGGGGGGCCUCUCUAGAAAAAAUAUUUCCUGAUACGUUUCAGCAAGCGGAGAUUCCAAUUGUGAGCAACAAUGACUGCAAUAUUGGUUAUAAUGGUAUUAUGACAGAUAACAUGCUGUGUGCUGGACUGUUGAAUGAUGAUGGAGAAACCCCAUGUCAGUAUGAUGCUGGAGGGCCACUGGUCAGUAAGCAGGGCUCCAGAUGGAUUCAGUCUGGAAUUGUGAGUUUUAAUCAAGGCUGUUUGGAUCUCGCAUUCCCGAGUGUGUUCACCCGAGUCUCUCAGUACCAGGACUGGAUCAACAUUUACACACUCAACAACCAGCCUGGAUUUGUUACAUUCCCUGAUGAUUACGAUUAUGCUCUAGAUCGCAUUUCUAAUAUUACUAGUAUUUUCAGUGGAAGCUCAACCAGCCUUUACUUACCACUUACCCACACAUGCUCUAUUGCCAGUCUCAUCUUUUGUUUCCUUAUUCAAAGGUUGUCUGAGUCAUCAUGAUCGUUGGUCAUGGUUAUUUGAAGAACAUAAAGCACAGAUAAAUAGGUGAUGCCAGUAGUUUUUCGUGUAUUUGUCCUUUCUUUGUAUUUGUUUCUUUCUGUUUCCCCAUAUUCGUCCUUUAAAAAAAACUUUACUCAAAAAGAAACUUAAAGUUUCGGGCUAACCAUAUAUUCAAUUUCAGAUUUAAACUUUGUGGUUAUUAAGCAAAUAACCUCACAUAGAGUUGGUAAUAUAGAGUGGAGACUUUACAGAGGGAUGGAUCUUUAAUCUUAGAUAGUUAUAUCCUCUAGGUACACUGCAAAAAAAUGAUGUGUUAGUUUGUUACACAUUGUGUGUGUCAUGCCAUUUAAGGCGUUAUUUCAUGUUAAAAUAAAUGAAAGGGACAACACAAGUUGUGUUAAAAACAGUGACGGGAGUAACGCGUUACAAAGUAAUUCCCUUACUGUAAUUCCACUACUUUUAGCGGUAACAAGCAUGUAACGAUUUAUUUUUUUAAAUCAAGAAAUGCAGUUACAAUUACUGAAAUUUAAAUGAGUUGGUUACUCGCAUUUAAUGUGUUGUCCCUGUACUAACACACCUUCUGUGUUAUUAUUACUUGAUUUAAAAAAUACUUUGUUACAUGUUAAUUACACAAUGUGUAAAAAAUUAACACAUCAUUUUUUGCAGUGUUAGACGACUUUCUCGCUGUCCGUCGCCCGUCUCUUUCAAUGAGGCAUUUCUUAAUCUGCUGCUUGAAGGAAGACGUGAACUCCACCGCUUCCCUCCCAUUGGUAGUCACUCCCAAAAAUCACUCAUCGUUUGCUUUUCUUAACGUUCUCGCUUCGCUAGACAUGCCAAUCCGGUCGCCAACAAUCACUUGUGCCCGUGCCACCAAAUGUCAAGCUUCCCUUGAAAUGAAUGAGAUCGCAUCGCUCUGAUAGUGCUAGUUGCUGGCGGUCUGAAUAGGGCAUAAGUCAUGACUGGUAUAUUAUUGCAUUUUUUCAAUUACAUGUCAUUGGUAUUCAUCAAGUCAUGCAGGAUAAAAUUUCCAUCUUAAAAGUAUAGUUUACCCAAAACAAACAUUUAGUCAAUAUUUGCUUACCCUUAUGUCGUUUGAAUCCCCAUUGUCUUUCUUCUUUGAGGCGAGUAGAAUUUUUUUUUAGGCGGUCACCAAUCAAGUUUAAACAUUGAAACGCUUGCUUUUUCAGUACAAUUUGCUGCAUUCCUGGCCAAAAUGUUAUAUACUUAAGUGCAAGUUUUUUGGAGAACCUUCUCGGUUGUUUUAAAAGACGGAUUUUUAUACAUUCAAACUCUCUUCUGGAUUUUGUAAUUUAAUUUAGUUUAUUCAUUUAAUUUGGUCAUAUUUUAUUUAAUUUUUUUAUGGUAUGUUGUAAUAAUUUAAGAUGUAUCCUCAGCCCUUGAUUGUUGUUAAUGUUGAUCUGGUAAAGAAUAAAAAACUGUUUAAAUCAUCUUACUCUUUUGUUCACAACACCACUAGAAUCAUAGACCUUGC